GUCAAUGAUAAUGGCCGUCAAUUUGUUUAAUACUGGGGCGUUGUCUUUCGAAUUAUUUUAAACAUCAGUGAUGAAAAUUGUGCAAUUCAUUUUUUAAUAGAAAAAUAAGUGUUCUUGGAGGCACUUCAAAAAUGGAGCUUCCAGUUUUCUUAUAUUUAUUUGUAAUAUGUCUAAUAUCUUGGCAUGUGCCCCUUUCAUUAUCAGAAGAAAAUUCAAAAUGUCACAUUCCUCUCGUAAUCAGAGGAUCCUGGUUUUCAUGGGAAACUGGUCGAAAUACGUUGACGGAGAUAAAUGCUGAAACCAUGACAAAUAGAGGACAAUGUCUCAAUAUGUUAGAAGAGUAUCAUGUAAAUUAUACAUUCGUAUUUCAAAAAGAAAACUGUUAUCACUGUGUAAAAUUGAUCGUGAGAACAGUCAACAUUCUGGAAAAGCUUGAAUUGAGCUGUGUUAAUUUACCGCCGGAUGUCCAGCCAACGGUAGAAAAUGUAUGCAGAGGAUUGCGACCUGAUCAGCAACUUGUUACAUUAUUUUCUGAAAAUUACGUGCCUGUCAAUUGCAGAUCUUCCCUUGAAGGUGUCUGGCAAUUUGCUUAUCAGAAUCGAUUCAGAUUUACAGGAGAGUGUAAUAAUCCAGACGCACAAAUUCGAUCGUGUCAAACUGCUGGAACGCAAUUUUUGAUAACAAAUCAAAAGUUUAAUAUAACAUACAAACAAUGUCCUGGAAUGAAAGGAACGUUCGACGGAUUGGUCGAGUACAGUUGUCUCGGUGAUUGGUUCGUGGAUAAGAAUCACUUCUUCGCAGUCGCUAAUACGAAAGAAUCUCGAAAAGACGAGAAGUACAGAUGUUUCCUUAAAAAUCGAGACGACGAUCUCUAUAUUGGUGUUUCCAUCACAGCCGAGUGCAAUACUUUAAAAACUGUUGAAAAAAGUCCAGAGCGUUUGAGAAUUACUCCAGUAAAGGCUGAAGUAGUCGAACCUGGAUGUAGAUUGCCCCAGAAUAUGACGGGAAAUUGGAUUAAUACGGCUAAUAUCGAUGCUGAUAUUUUCAUUAACGAAACGCAUAUUAUCGAAACUUGGUAUCCGGACGAAGGUCGAUUCAGAAGGACGAUUUAUGUUUGUCGGGAGCAAAGAGACUCGAGAGUAAUGAUGGCGAGAUUAACUGUCGAUGGAUGUCAGAAGGAUUACGUUUGUUUCGACUUUGUACCCCAACACCACAAUGUAAUCAGAUACAGACGUGGAAUCGCAGUAAUAAAGGACGAUUUCUCUACUGUUUGUUCCUGGGUUCAGUUUCCAAACAGAGAGAAUUGGAAAUUUGAUUUGUUCCUUGCAAAACAUCCCGUGCCAGUGAGAUGUCCCGUGGCAGGAAAGUUCAAGUUUGAGCAGAAAGGAGACGUUCUAUUCGAAACGAGAAUUCUUGGCGGAGUUACGCUUUCUCCUCGUCCGAAUCUUUACUGCAAACAAAAUAUCUCUGACUUUUCGGUUUGUGAUACCGAUCAAAAAGAAAUCGCAAUUGAUGAAACAUAUUGUCUCACUGUCGAUCACUUGGGAAGGCCGGUAGAUAUCUACAGUGAACCCGAUUAUAAAAUGAAGUGCAUCGGGUUCUGGAAGGAGAAUCUAAAAUCCUAUUUGAUUACUUACGACGAGCUGGAUCCGUACAGCAAAUAUCGAUGCUGGGUUUACCAGAGAGCAGAUUUAAACAGAGUCCUUAUGUCCCAAGCUAUCGGACCUUUUUGUGAUAUUAAACAGGAUGUUACGAGUUUUAAUUACACAGAGGGAGCUGCAGUUUCCCUAAUGAUGGAAGAAUACGAACGUGAAAGAGAUCAGUGUCCAAUGCAUUUCGAUGAUGGGAGUAAUCCUUGGGUUCACACUGAAAACUACAUCAAAAUCUUCCACUUUGGAAGCUCUGAUGCCUCUAGAUUUUCACCAAUUCUUCCACCAUUCGUCAUCUUGAUUGCUUUCUUAGGGAAAGUAGGAUAAGAACUAAUUUAAGUUUAGGUGAAACUAUUUCACGAUUUUCAUUCAAGGAGAUUCUUACAAUGGAUUCCGAAGAAAAUUAACCGUCCGAGAUUAUGUCUCAUCGAUUUAUCCGUCCGUUUAAAUCUAAGUUUUUAUGUGAACGUUAAUUACAAGGAAAUCUCAGAUUUGAUUAUGUCGUGUGACAUAUAAUUUUUGUAUAGGGUUUUAAAACCACAAUAAUCAAAUCAGAAGGGUUAAGAAAUUUUUUAGAGAAUGUUUUCAUUUUUGGUUGGAGCUCUAAUAUUAUAAGAGAUUUCAAGUGUGUGUCAUCUAGUGCCUUUUGAUACUAAUUUUACGAAAGAUUCUAUCU